AUGCUUCUCUCCUCUCGCCAAAAUCCACCUCGACUAUCUCUACAACGAGUCAACUCACACAACAACCUUGCUGCCGCCAGGGCCCUUCUCUCAAGCUCUCCUCUACCCUCACCCGGUCUGCCCUCAAACCUCCCUCGGCACGGAAAGAAAGCGCCAAGAAUCAACAGCAGAAGGCUUCUGCGGCUCACAAUCUGGCUGGCAGUAUGCACAUUGCUCUUCUUGGCUGUUGGUCGGAUUGUCCAAUCUGAUCAAAGCUCAACCCCAAUAAGCUAUGUGUCUCCAGAAAGUCAAGCUUAUCAAGUCGUCGAUAAAAUUCUCCCAGAAGAACCCUCCCCGGUUGUGGUCACUGAUCAACGAGGACGAUCGAAAUGGACCAUCAGCAUCCCCCCUGCACUGGACUUUCCACUCACGCCUGCGCAGUACGCAAGCAUCUGUAAAAAGUCCAUGGAGAUGUCUCAGCAAGUGGCAAUGCUGAAGAAGGCACACUCUGGCCCCACUCAUAUACACAAAGCACACCACGGUUAUUACUUCAAAGAUCAACAUUUUAUGGACAUUACAGAAGCCGAAUCGCACGACGUUCUUCCCGGCGUCCGAAAUGCAGAAUUGCUAAGGUUGAAAACCUCUUCCUCCCAAGAAAACUCUCAGAGGCAAUGCGAUCGCUCUAUGAUUUAUGCCCUUGAAACAUCUGCCGCCGGCCUCGGCCCUACCCUCCUCGGUCUCUGGCUCGCAUAUGGUCUUGCCCAGAGUGAGAACCGGGCUUUCUUCAUCGAUGACACGAAUUGGCCAUAUGGCUCUUACAGCACGUUCUUCAAGGCGCCACCAUCCCCUGGCUGUCUUGCUCCUCCAAAGACACAGGUCGUCCCUUGCCCUCAUCAAGCAAGACACUUGCUAGUGAGCGCAGCAACAGUGGCACAUACGUUUGGGCACAUGUUCAACGAGCAUUUCGAAGAUGGGCGAAAAAUGGGAGUGAUGCGACAACACCAAAUCUUCGCCAUGAUGCGAGCAGGAUUCGAGACCUUAUUCCAGGACAAGCUCAACAAGGAAGAUCAAGCAUAUCUCAACGAUCGAACCGCAGAGCUGAACAAUACAAUCCGUGCCAGCGGCGGUGAAGAGAUAGGAGUCCACAUCCGCCAUGGAGAUCGCCAUCCCCUGGAAUACCAAUACCAAAAAUCCUAUAUCCCUCUCGAGAAGUAUCUCGACACAGCACAUAACCUCAGCGUUCAAGUUCCAAAAGCUUCCCCUUCUCAAAUACUCAUAGCAUCUGACGAUCCAGACAUCUACAUCGACCCGCUCAUCACUUCCAGCAUCACAACCCCAAAGAUUGAAAGAGCUCAAUCCCACAUCAGUCUCGCCAGCAAGAAGACCCUCGCCGCUUCAGGAAAAGCAGGUCUGGGCUGGGAAGGCGGAUUCUUCAAAGAUGUGUUCUGGGCUCUGGGCGUGCCGGCCAAAGACCAGAUUCCGAGAAUCAUCAACCCAGCUCAGCGGCCGAGGAGACAUGCUGAGUCAGGCAAAGAAGAAAACAAAGACACAGCCGCCCGUUCUUCUGCUGAGAAUCUUGAUCCGCACAAAAAGCCCUCUGAGGCGGCAUUGAAGCUAAGGGAGCUGAUCGCACGCUCCUACCUGCUUGAUCUAGCGGUGUUGGGCCAGAGCGAUAAGAUCGUCUGCGCGGUGAGCAGCUAUGGAUGCAGAAUCCUGGCCGUGAUGCUGGGGUGGGAGACGGGUAUCGUGCAGGGAGGUUGGAGAAAUGUGGAUGGCGAGUUUGGCUGGAGGGGCCUUGAUUAUUGA